CAAGCACACCACAGAGGGGACAAUAUGGGGAUUCAAAGGAACACACUCUUGGGGAUACUAAUAUGCCUAGCCGUCACCAACACCCCAACGUCCUCACAAACAACAGUUGGACCAACCACUGUUAAUAUCAUCCCCACUAUGACAACACAAGCGUUCUCUGCUGCACAGGGACACAACAAUCAGGUCUGCAGCACAUGGGGCAACUACCACUUCAAGACCUUUGACGGAGACAUCUUCCAGGUGAAGUCCAGCUGCAACUACAUCCUGACGUCUCAGUGCAAGAGCAGCUACGAAGACUUCAACGUCCAGCUGAGGCGGGAAGAGGUGAACGGAGAGCCGACCAUCAGCAAGAUCACCAUGCUGCUCGAGGGCAUCAGGAUUGAACUGAGCAAAGGCGCCAUCACUGUCCUGGACCAAACGGUGACGUUACCAUACGGAAAUGCCGGGAUCUACAUUGAGAAGACAUCUUCUUACAUCUUAGUGAAGGCCAAACUUGGACUGGUGCUCAUGUGGAAUGAAGAGGAUGCUCUCUUGCUUGAGGUGGAUGCAAAGUACAAGAACCAAACGUGUGGUCUCUGUGGCGACUUCAAUGGAGUGCAGAUGUACGACGAGUUCUACUUAAACGGAGGUCUGCUGUCAGCAUCUUCUUACGCAAACCAGUGGAGGCUGGAUGGCCCCACUGAGACAUGCGAGGAGCAGACACUGCCCACAAAGGAAAACUGUGGAGAUGAGAAUUUUUGCAGAGACUUGUUCGCCAGCUCCUCUUUCGAUGGCUGUCAGGCUGUGGUGUCAGCUGAUGAUUUCGUCAGCGUCUGCAUGGCUGACCAGUGUCACUGCAGCACGCCUGGCUCCUUCUGCUUGUGUAGCACGCUAACAGAGUACUCGCGCCAGUGUGUCCACGCGGGAGGGACGCCUACUGAGUGGAGAUCCAAUUCACUUUGUCCUAAGACCUGCCCCGACAACAUGGUUCACCAGGAGUGUGGAAGUCCAUGCAUGGACACCUGUUCAAACCCUGACAGGGGACAGGUGUGUGAGGAGCACUGUCUGGAUGGAUGCUACUGCCCACCAGGAACUGUCUAUGACGAUGUAAACAAAACUGGAUGUAUUCCGCUAAGCGAGUGCUCAUGUGUCCACAAUGGAAAAGUCUACGCAUCUGGAGACAAGUUCACCAGCAGCUGUAAGGAAUGUUCUUGUGUUGGAGGACAGUGGAGCUGCCAGGAGGACGACUGCCCAGGGACAUGCUCAGUGGAGGGGGGAUCUCACAUCACCACGCUCGACGGAAAGACCUACAACUUCCACGGAGACUGCACAUACGUCCUUUCUAAGGAAUGCAAUGGAAGUGCUUUCACAGUCCUUGGGGAUCUGAUGAAGUGUGGCCUGACAGACAGUGAGACCUGCCUGAAGGCUGUCACCCUGGCCCUCUUUGGGGGAACUACUGUGGUGAGAGUGGACCAAAGUGGAAGUGUUGAUGUGAACAGAAUAUACUCUCAGUUGCCACUGUAUACUGGGGACCUCAGCAUCUUCAAGCCAUCCUCCUUUUACAUCGUCAUCCACACCACCAUGGGCCUGAGACUUGAGAUCCAGCUUGUGCCAAUCAUGCAGGUUUACAUCGUCGCCGACCCAACAUUCAAGGGCCAGACAUGCGGACUGUGCGGGAACUUCAAUAACAUCCAAGCUGAUGACUUCACGACCAUCAGUGGGUUGAGAGAGGCCACAGCUGUUGACUUUGCCAACACCUGGAAGACCAGGGCCAGCUGCGCCGACGUCAAGAGGACCUUUGAGAAUCCCUGCAGUUUAAGCCUUGAAAACGAGAAAUAUGCCACAUACUGGUGCUCCAUGCUGACAGAUCCCUCAGGCAUCUUCUCUUCAUGUCACUCUGAGAUCAGCCCAGACAUCUACAAAACAAACUGCAUGUAUGACAGCUGUAACUGUGAGAAGAGCGAGGACUGCAUGUGUGCUGCCCUCUCCUCCUACGUGCAUGCGUGUGCAGCCAAAGGCAUCCAGCUGAGCGGAUGGAGAGACACCGCCUGCAGCAAGUACAUGACGUCCUGCCCGAGCAACACGCAGUACUCCUACAACAUGACCAGCUGUGGCCGCACCUGCCGCUCCCUCAGCCACAGCGACUACUCCUGCGCUAUCGACUUUGUGCCCGUGGACGGCUGCGGCUGCAAGACAGGCAUGUACAUGAACGAGCAAGGGGAGUGCGUGGAAGCCGCCAGCUGCCCCUGCUAUGACGGCAACACCCUCGUCCAAGCCGGAGAGGUCACAACCAAAGAUGGAGCCACCUGCACAUGCAAAGAAGGAAAGCUGAGUUGCAUUGGAAAACUGCUGCUGGAAUCAACGGUGUGUCCUGAGCCUAUGGUGUACUUCAACUGCUCCACCGCUGGCCCAGGUGCCAAGGGCUCUGAAUGCCUCAAGAGCUGUAACACUCUGGACAUGGCCUGCAUCAGCACAGAGUGCGUGUCCGGAUGCAUGUGUCCCUCAGGCCUUGUGUCCGAUGGCCAAGGUGGGUGCAUUAGUGAGAGUGACUGCCCCUGCGUACACAACGGCAUUCAGCAUCAGCCAGGAGAAACUACCAAGGUUGACUGCAAUACUUGCGUCUGCCAGGAGAGAAAAUGGCAGUGCACCACCAACCAGUGCCACGGCACCUGUGCAAUCUAUGGGGAUGGCCACUACAUGACCUUUGAUGAAAAACAAUACAUGUUCAAUGGAGACUGUGAAUACAUCCUUGCUCAGGAUUUCUGUUCCAACAACAAUGAAAAUGGCACCUUCAGAGUCAUCACUGAGAAUGUCCCGUGUGGAAGCACUGGCACGACCUGCUCCAAGGCCAUCAAAGUCUUCCUGGGGAGCACAGAGCUGAUACUCACCGACGGAAGUUAUCAAGCGGUUCAGAGGGGAUCAGGAGUGGACAUACCUUACAAGACGCGAGUCAUGGGUAUCUACCUGGUGAUUGAAGCCAGCAAUGGUCUCAUUCUGAUAUGGGACAAGAAAACUAGCAUGUUCAUCAAGCUCAGUCCAGAAUUCAACGGUCGCGUGUGUGGUCUUUGCGGAAACUACGACGGCAAUGCGAACAACGACUUCACAACAAGGAGUCAGGAGGUAGUCAUUGACCCCCUGGCAUUUGGCAACAGCUGGAAGUUCUCCUCAAGCUGUGUGGACACAACGCUGGUCGCGAGUCCCUGCGCUAACAACCCGUACAGGCAGUCCUGGGCACAGAGGCAGUGUAGCAUCAUCACAGGCAAUACUUUCUCCUCCUGCCACUCCCAGGUGGAUCCCUCCACUUACUAUGAUGCUUGCGUGAGUGACUCGUGUGCCUGUAACACUGGUGGAGACUGUGAGUGCUUCUGCACAGCAGUGGCAGCUUACGCAGCUGCCUGCAACGAAGCUGGAGCAUGUGUUGCCUGGAGAUCUCCGACCGUAUGCCCUCUCUUCUGUGACUACUACAACCCACCGGGCGAGUGUGAGUGGCACUACAAACCCUGUGGAGCUCCAUGCCAGAAGACCUGCAGGAACCCCACCGGCCAAUGCUCCCAGCAGAUACCGGCCCUGGAAGGUUGCUAUCCUCAGUGCCCCGCUAAUGAAUCAUACUUUGAUGAAGACCACAUGAAGUGUGUGGCGAGAGAGGCCUGUGGUUGCUACGUCGGAGAGACUAAAUAUAGCACUGGCCAGAUCGUACCCAGCCAUGAGACCUGCCAGUCAUGCUAUUGUUCACCAACUGGAAUUCAGUGCCAUUAUGACAUUAAUGAAUGCAUCUGUAUUCUAAAUGGCACAGAAUACAAGUAUGGCUCAGUCGUCUACAGCACGACAGAUGGCCUUGGUAGCUGUAUAACUGCCACAUGUGGAGCAAAUGGAACAAUUCACAGAGAAAUCAGCCAUUGUGAAAUCACAACUGCAAUGCCCACAUCAUCACCAUUGACUUCAACGACUUCACAUCCGACAACAAUAUUUGUCUUUACCACAACAGAACCCACAACAGAACCCACAACUGCGAAGUCAAGCUCAACCCCUAUCAUUGAGACAACAGCAGAAAGGGCCACAUCUACAAAGCCACCAAAGGUUGAGACUACCCUGCCAACAACCGCUUCCACAACACAAACUCCCAUAGAGACAACUUCCACUGAAAAACCUGUUCCAAGCACAGAGCCUUCAACCCCAUUUGUUAUUACAUCAAGGCCAACUACUGCCACCACUACAACAAAGGCACCCACAACCACAGUAGAAAGCCAAACAACAGAGGAAGCAGCCACAUCUACGAAACCACCAAAGGUUGAAACCACUGGGCCUACAACCGAAUCCACAACUCCAGUUGUCACUGAGACCACCACAACACGUCAACCAUCAACAUCAACUGCUGGGCCAAGCACAGAAACAUCAGGUGCUGUUGUAAUAAUAACAUCUGAACCUACAACUGUCACCACAACACAAGAGGUUGCCACAUCUUUUAAUCCAGUGACAGGUAAACAAACAACUACACCAUCAAAGCAAUCUCAAGGUGUGUUGACAUCAAAGCCUAUCACUGACACAACCGAGAUGACAACGAUUAGAACGUCUCUUGAACCAGUCACAGAAACUUUACCUGUUAUUACAAUUACAACAGCUGCCACAAAAGAAGUGACGACAAGUAAGCCACCAAAGGUUGAAACCACUGGGCCUACAACUGAAUCCACAACUCCAGUUGUCACUGAGACCACCACAACACGUCAACCCUCAACAUCAACUGCUGGGCCAAGCACAGAAACAUCAGGUGCUGUUGUAAUAAUAACAUCUGAACCAACCACAGUGACCACAACGACAGUUAAGCCAACAACCACCUCAGUGUUUGAAACCACAACGGAAGGAUUCACAUCUACAAAGCCACCAAAGGUUGAGACAACCCUGCCAAUAACCUCCUCCACAACUGUUAAACCUACAACUACAGUGGUUUUACAAAGUACCACCGGAAGCAUAACUGAAGUAACACCUUUGAGGACAUCUCUUGAACCAGUUACAGCUACUUUACCUGUAAUAACACUGACAACUGAGGAGACAUCAAGACAAACAAGAGAGUACACCACGUCAAUUGGUCCAAUUACUAAAACGCUUGCAAACAUUACAGGCACAACACCACCAACUACAAACCCACUUAUAGUAGUAACAUCUGAACCCACCACAAUUACCACAACAGUGAAGCCUACCACCACCACUGUCAUCGAGACCACGACGGAAGGAGUCACAUCUACAAAGCCACCAAAGGUUGAGACAACUCUGCCAACAACCGCUUCCACAACAAAAACUCCCAUAGAGACAACUUCCACUGAAAAACCUGUUCCAAGCACAGAGCCUUCAACCCCAUUUGUUAUUACAUCAAGGCCAACUACUGCCACCACUACAACAAAGGCACCCACAACCACAGUUGAAAUGCACACAACAGCGGAAGCUUCCACAACAUCUACUAAACCACCAAAGGUUGAAACCACUGGGCCUACAACUGAAUCCACAACUCCAGUUGUCACUGAGACCACCACAACACGUCAACCAUCAACAUCAACUGCUGGGCCAAACACAGAAACAUCAGGUGCUGUUGUAAUAAUAACAUCUGAACCAACCACAGUUACCACAACGACAGUUAAGCCAACAUCCACCUCAGUGUUUGAAACCACAACGGAAGGAGUCACAUCUACAAAGCCACCAAAGGUUGAGACAACCCUGCCAACAACCUCCUCCACAACUGUUAAACCAACAACUACAGUGGUUUUACAAAGUACCACCGGAAGCAUAACUGAAGUAACACCUUUGAGGACAUCUCUUGAACCAGUUACAGCUACUUUACCUGUAAUAACACUGACAACUGAGGAGACACCUGAACCUAGCACAGAGCCUUCAACCCCAUUUGUUAUUACAUCAAGGCCAACUACUGCCACCACUACAACAAAGGCACCCACAACCACAGUAGAAAGCCAAACAACAGAGGAAGCUUCCACAACAUCUACUAGACCACCAAAGGUUGAAACCACUGGGCCUACAACUGAAUCCACAACUCCAGUUGUCACUGAGACUACCACAACACGUCAACCAUCAACAUCAACUGCUGGGCCAAGCACAGAAACAUCAGGUGCUGUUGUAAUAAUAACAUCUGAACCAACCACAGUGACCACAACGACAGUUAAGCCAACAUCCACCUCAGUGUUUGAAACAACAACGGAAGGAGUCACAUCUACAAAGCCACCAAAGGUUGAGACUACCCUGCCAACAACUGCUUCCACAACACAAACUCCCAUAGAGACAACUUCCACUGAAAAACCUGUUCCAAGCACAGAGCCUUCAACCCCAUUUGUUAUUACAUCAAGGCCAACUACUGCCACCACUACAACAAAGGCACCCACAACCACAGUAGAAAGCCAAACAACAGAGGAAGCUUCCACGACAUCUACUAGACCACCAAAGGUUGAAACCACUAGGCCUACAACUGAAUCCACAACUCCAGUUGUCACUGAGACCACCACAACACGUCAACCAUCAACAUCAACUGCUGGGCAAAGCACAGAAACAUCAGGUGCUGUUGUAAUAAUAACAUCUGAACCAACCACAGUUACCACAACGACAGUUAAGCCAACAACCACCUCAGUGUUUGAAACCACAACAGAAGGAGUAACAUCUACAAAGCCACCAAAGGUUGAGACUACCCUGCCAACAACUGCUUCCACAACACAAACUCCCAUAGAGACAACUUCCACUGAAAAACCUGUUCCAAGCACAGAGCCUUCAACCCCAUUUGUUAUUACAUCAAGGCCAACUACUGCCACCACUACAACAAAGGCACCCACAACGACAGUAGAAAGCCAAACAACAGAGGAAGCUUCCACAACAUCUACUAGACCACCAAAGGUUGAAACCACUGGGCCUACAACUGAAUCCACAACUCCAGUUGUCACUGAGACCACCACAACACGUCAACCAUCAACAUCAACUGCUGGGCCAAGCACAGAAACAUCAGGUGCUGUUGUAAUAAUAACAUCUGAACCAACCACAGUGACCACAACGACAGUUAAGCCAACAACCACCUCAGUGUUUGAAACCACAACAGAAGGAGUAACAUCUACAAAGCCACCAAAGGUUGAGACUACCCUGCCAACAACUGCUUCCACAACACAAACUCCUACAGAGACAACUUCCACUGAAAAACCUGUUCCAAGCACAGAGCCUUCAACCCCAUUUGUUAUUACAUCAAGGCCAACUACUGCCACCACUACAACAAAGGCACCCACAACCACAGUAGAAAGCCAAACAACAGAGGAAGCUUCCACAACAUCUACUAGACCACCAAAGGUUGAAACCACUGGGCCUACAACUGAAUCCACAACUCCAGUUGUCACUGAGACAACCACAACACGUCAACCAUCAACAUCAACUGCUGGGCCAAGCACAGAAACAUCAGGUGCUGUUGUAAUAAUAACAUCUGAACCAACCACAGUUACCACAACGACAGUUAAGCCAACAACCACCUCAGUGUUUGAAACCACAACAGAAGGAGUAACAUCUACAAAGCCACCAAAGGUUGAGACAAGCCUGCCAACAACCUCCUCCACAACUGUUAAACCAACAACUACAGUGGUUUUACAAAGUACCACCGGAAGCAUAACUGAAGUAACACCUUUGAGGACAUCUCUUGAACCAGUUACAGCUACUUUACCUGUAAUAACACUGACAACUGAGGAGACACCUGUACCUAGCACAGAGCCUUCAACACCAUUUGUGAUUACAUCGAGACCAAGUACUACCACCACUACAACAAAGGCACCCACAACCACAGUAGAAAGCCAAACAACAGAGGAAGCUUCCACAACAUCUACAAGACCACCAAAGGUUGAAACCACUGGGCCUACAACUGAAUCCACAACUCCAGUUGUCACUGAGACCACCACAACACGUCAACCAUCAACAUCAACUGCUGGGCCAAGCACAGAAACAUCAGGUGCUGUUGUAAUAAUAACAUCUGAACCAACCACAGUGACCACAACGACAGUUAAGCCAACAACCACCUCAGUGUUUGAAACCACAACAGAAGGAGUAACAUCUACAAAGCCACCAAAGGUUGAGACUACCCUGCCAACAACUGCUUCCACAACACAAACUCCCAUAGAGACAUCAUCAACUAGGAGGCCCUCAACUUCCACUGAAAAACCUGUUCCAAGCACAGAGCCUUCAACCCCAUUUGUUAUUACAUCAAGGCCAACUACUGCCACCACUACAACAAAGGCACCCACAACGACAGUAGAAAGCCAAACAACAGAAGAAGCUUCCACAACAUCUACUAGACCACCAAAGGUUGAAACCACUGGGCCUACAACUGAAUUCACAACUCCAGUUGUCACUGAGACCACCACAACACGUCAACCAUCAACAUCAACUGCUGGGCCAAGCACAGAAACAUCAGGUGCUGUUGUAAUAAUAACAUCUGAACCAACCACAGUGACCACAACGACAGUUAAGCCAACAACCACCUCAGUGUUUGAAACCACAACAGAAGGAGUAACAUCUACAAAGCCACCAAAGGUUGAGACUACCCUGCCAACAACUGCUUCCACAACACAAACUCCCAUAGAGACAACUUCCACUGAAAAACCUGUUCCAAGCACAGAGCCUUCAACCCCAUUUGUUAUUACAUCAAGGCCAACUACUGCCACCACUACAACAAAGGCACCCACAACCACAGUAGAAAGCCAAACAACAGAGGAAGCUUCCACAACAUCUACUAGACCACCAAAGGUUGAAACCACUGGGCCUACAACUGAAUCCACAACUCCAGUUGUCACUGAGACAACCACAACACGUCAACCAUCAACAUCAACUGCUGGGCCAAGCACAGAAACAUCAGGCGCUGUUGUAAUAAUAACAUCUGAACCAACCACAAUGACCACAACGACAGUUAAGCCAACAUCCACCUCAGUGUUUGAAACCACAACGGAAGGAGUCACAUCUACAAAGCCACCAAAGGUUGAGACAACCCUGCCAACAACCUCCUCCACAACUGUUAAACCAACAACUACAGUGGUUUUACAAAGUACCACCGGAAGCAUAACUGAAGUAACACCUUUGAGGACAUCUCUUGAACCAGUUACAGCUACUUUACCUGUAAUAACACUGACAACUGAGGAGACACCUGUACCUAGCACAGAGCCUUCAACACCAUUUGUGAUUACAUCGAGACCAAGUACUGCCACCACUACAACAAAGGCACCCACAACCACAGUAGAAAGCCAAACAACAGAGGAAGCUUCCACAACAUCUACAAGACCACCAAAGGUUGAAACCACUGGGCCUACAACUGAAUCCACAACUCCAGUUGUCACUGAGACCACCACAACACGUCAACCAUCAACAUCAACUGCUGGGCCAAGCACAGAAACAUCAGGUGCUGUUGUAAUAAUAACAUCUGAACCAACCACAGUUACCACAACGACAGUUAAGCCAACAACCACCUCAGUGUUUGAAACCACAACAGAAGGAGUAACAUCUACAAAGCCACCAAAGGUUGAGACUACCCUGCCAACAUCUGCUUCCACAACACAAACUCCCAUAGAGACAACUUCCACUGAAAAACCUGUUCCAAGCACAGAGCCUUCAACCCCAUUUGUUAUUACAUCAAGGCCAACUACUGCCACCACUACAACAAAGGCACCCACAACCACAGUAGAAAGCCAAACAACAGAGGAAGCUUCCACAACAUCUACUAGACCACCAAAGGUUGAAACCACUGGGCCUACAACUGAAUCCACAACUCCAGUUGUCACUGAGACAACCACAACACGUCAACCAUCAACAUCAACUGCUGGGCCAAGCACAGAAACAUCAGGUGCUGUUGUAAUAAUAACAUCUGAACCAACCACAGUUACCACAACGACAGUUAAGCCAACAACCACCUCAGUGUUUGAAACCACAACAGAAGGAGUAACAUCUACAAAGCCACCAAAGGUUGAGACUACCCUGCCAACAACUGCUUCCACAACACAAACUCCCAUAGAGACAACUUCCACUGAAAAACCUGUUCCAAGCACAGAGCCUUCAACCCCAUUUGUUAUAACAUCAAGGCCAACUACUGCCACCACUACAACAAAGGCACCCACAACCACAGUAGAAAGCCAAACAACAGAGGAAGCUUCCACAACAUCUACUAGACCACCAAAGGUUGAAACCACUAGGCCUACAACUGAAUCCACAACUCCAGUUGUCACUGAGACAACCACAACACGUCAACCAUCAACAUCAACUGCUGGGCCAAGCACAGAAACAUCAGGUGCUGUUGUAAUAAUAACAUCUGAACCAACCACAGUGACCACAACGACAGUUAAGCCAACAACCACCUCAGUGUUUGAAACCACAACAGAAGGAGUAACAUCUACAAAGCCACCAAAGGUUGAGACUACCCUGCCAACAACUGCUUCCACAACACAAACUCCCAUAGAGACAACUUCCACUGAAAAACCUGUUCCAAGCACAGAGCCUUCAACCCCAUUUGUUAUUACAUCAAGGCCAACUACUGCCACCACUACAACAAAGGCACCCACAACGACAGUAGAAAGCCAAACAACAGAAGAAGCUUCCACAACAUCUACUAGACCACCAAAGGUUGAAACCACUGGGCCUACAACUGAAUCCACAACUCCAGUUGUCACUGAGACCACCACAACACGUCAACCAUCAACAUCAACUGCUGGGCCAAGCACAGAAACAUCUGGUGCUGUUGUAAUAAUAACAUCUGAACCAACCACAGUGACCACAACGACAGUUAAGCCAACAACCACCUCAGUGUUUGAAACCACAACAGAAGGAGUAACAUCUACAAAGCCACCAAAGGUUGAGACUACCCUGCCAACAACUGCUUCCACAACACAAACUUCCAUAGAGACAACUUCCACUGAAAAACCUGUUCCAAGCACAGAGCCUUCAACCCCAUUUGUUAUUACAUCAAGGCCAACUACUGCCACCACUACAACAAAGGCACCCACAACCACAGUAGAAAGCCAAACAACAGAGGAAGCUUCCACAACAUCUACUAGACCACCAAAGGUUGAAACCACUGGGCCUACAACUGAAUCCACAACUCCAGUUGUCACUGAGACAACCACAACACGUCAACCAUCAACAUCAACUGCUGGGCCAAGCACAGAAACAUCAGGUGCUGUUGUAAUAAUAACAUCUGAACCAACCACAGUGACCACAACGACAGUUAAGCCAACAUCCACCUCAGUGUUUGAAACCACAACGGAAGGAGUCACAUCUACAAAGCCACCAAAGGUUGAGACAACCCUGCCAACAACCUCCUCCACAACUGUUAAACCAACAACUACAGUGGUUUUACAAAGUACCACCGGAAGCAUAACUGAAGUAACACCUUUGAGGACAUCUCUUGAACCAGUUACAGCUACUUUACCUGUAAUAACACUGACAACUGAGGAGACACCUGUACCUAGCACAGAGCCUUCAACACCAUUUGUGAUUACAUCGAGACCAAGUACUGCCACCACUACAACAAAGGCACCCACAACCACAGUAGAAAGCCAAACAACAGAGGAAGCUUCCACAACAUCUACAAGACCACCAAAGGUUGAAACCACUGGGCCUACAACUGAAUCCACAACUCCAGUUGUCACUGAGACCACCACAACACGUCAACCAUCAGCAUCAACUGCUGGGCCAAGCACAGAAACAUCAGGUGCUGUUGUAAUAAUAACAUCUGAACCAACCACAGUGACCACAACGACAGUUAAGCCAACAACCACCUCAGUGUUUGAAACCACAACAGAAGGAGUAACAUCUACAAAGCCACCAAAGGUUGAGACUACCCUGCCAACAACUGCUUCCACAACACAAACUCCCAUAGAGACAACUUCCACUGAAAAACCUGUUCCAAGCACAGAGCCUUCAACCCCAUUUGUUAUUACAUCAAGGCCAACUACUGCCACCACUACAACAAAGGCACCCACAACCACAGUAGAAAGCCAAACAACACAGGAAGCUUCCACAACAUCUACUAGACCACCAAAAGUUGAAACCACUGGGCCUACAACUGAAUCCACAACUCCAGUUGUCACUGAGACCACCACAACACGUCAACCAUCAACAUCAACUGCUGGGCCAAGCACAGAAACAUCAGGUGCUGUUGUAAUAAUAACAUCUGAACCAACCACAGUUACCACAACGACAGUUAAGCCAACAACCACCUCAGUGUUUGAAACCACAACGGAAGGAGUCACAUCUACAAAGCCACCAAAGGUUGAGACAACCCUGCCAACAACGACAUCCACAACACAAACUCCCAUAGAAACAUCAUCAACUAGGAGGCCCUCAACUUCCACUGACACACCUGUACCUAGCACAGAGCCUUCAACACCAUUUGUGAUUACAUCGAGACCAAGUACUGCCACCAGUACAACAAAGGCACCCACAACCACAGUUGAAAGCCAAACAACAGAGGAAGCUUCCACAACAUCUACUAGACCACCAAAGGUUGAAACCACUGGGCCUACAACUGAAUCCACAACUCCAGUUGUCACUGAGACCACCACAACACGUCAACCAUCAACAUCAACUGCUGGGCCAAGCACAGAAACAUCAGGUGCUGUUGUAAUAAUAACAUCUGAACCAACCACAGUUACCACAACGACAGUUAAGCCAACAUCCACCUCAGUGUUUGAAACCACAACAGAAGGAGUAACAUCUACAAAGCCACCAAAGGUUGAGACUACCCUGCCAACAACUGCUUCCACAACACAAACUCCCAUAGAGACAACUUCCACUGAAAAACCUGUUCCAAGCAAAGAGCCUUCAACCCCAUUUGUUAUUACAUCAAGGCCAACUACUGCCACCACUACAACAAAGGCACCCACAACGACAGUAGAAAGCCAAACAACAGAGGAAGCUUCCACAACAUCUACUAGACCACCAAAGGUUGAAACCACUGGGCCUACAACUGAAUCCACAACUCUAGUUGUCACUGAGACCACCACAACACGUCAACCAUCAACAUCAACUGCUGGGCCAAGCACAGAAACAUCAGGUGCUGUUGUAAUAAUAACAUCUGAACCAACCACAGUUACCACAACGACAGUUAAGCCAACAACCACCUCAGUGUUUGAAACCACAACAGAAGGAGUAACAUCUACAAAGCCACCAAAGGUUGAGACUACCCUGCCAACAACUGCUUCCACAACACAAAUUCCCAUAGAGACAACUUCCACUGAAAAACCUGUUCCAAGCACAGAGCCUUCAACCCCAUUUGUUAUUACAUCAAGGCCAACUACUGCCACCACUACAACAAAGGCACCCACAACCACAGUAGAAAGCCAAACAACAGAAGAAGCUUCCACAACAUCUACUAGACCACCAAAGGUUGAAACCACUGGGCCUACAACUGAAUCCACAACUCCAGUUGUCACUGAGACCACCACAACACGUCAACCAUCAACAUCAACUGCUGGGCCAAGCACAGAAACAUCAGGUGCUGUUGUAAUAAUAACAUCUGAACCAACCACAGUUACCACAACGACAGUUAAGCCAACAACCACCUCAGUGUUUGAAACCACAACAGAAGGAGUAACAUCUACAAAGCCACCAAAGGUUGAGACUACCCUGCCAACAACUGCUUCCACAACACAAACUCCCAUAGAGACAACUUCCACUGAAAAACCUGUUCCAAGCACAGAGCCUUCAACCCCAUUUGUUAUUACAUCAAGGCCAACUACUGCCACCACUACAACAAAGGCACCCACAACCACAGUAGAAAGCCAAACAACAGAGGAAGCUUCCACAACAUCUACUAGACCACCAAAGGUUGAAACCACUGGGCCUACAACUGAAUCCACAACUCCAGUUGUCACUGAGACUACCACAACACGUCAACCAUCAACAUCAACUGCUGGGCCAAGCACAGAAACAUCAGGUGCUGUUGUAAUAAUAACAUCUGAACCAACCACAGUUACCACAACGACAGUUAAGCCAACAACCACCUCAGUGUUUGAAACCACAACAGAAGGAGUAACAUCUACAAAGCCACCAAAGGUUGAGACUACCCUGCCAACAACUGCUUCCACAACACAAACUCCCAUAGAGACAACUUCCACUGAAAAACCUGUUCCAAGCACAGAGCCUUCAACCCCAUUUGUUAUUACAUCAAGGCCAACUACUGCCACCACUACAACAAAGGCACCCACAACCACAGUAGAAAGCCAAACAACAGAGGAAGCUUCCACAACAUCUACUAGACCACCAAAGGUUGAAACCACUGGGCCUACAACUGAAUCCACAACUCCAGUUGUCACUGAGACAACCACAACACGUCAACCAUCAACAUCAACUGCUGGGCCAAGCACAGAAACAUCAGGUGCUGUUGUAAUAAUAACAUCUGAACCAACCACAGUGACCACAACAACAGUUAAGCCAACAUCCACCUCAGUGUUUGAAACCACAACGGAAGGAGUCACGUCUACAAAGCCACCCAAGGUUGAGACAACCCUACCAACAACCGCUUCUACAACACAAACUCCCAUAGAGACAUCAUCAACUAGGAGGCCCUCAACUUCCACUGAAACACCUGUACCUAGCACAGAGCCUUCAACCCAAUUUGUGAUCACAUCAAGACCAACUACUGCCACCACUACAACAAAGGCACCCACAACCACAGCUGAAAUCCAAACAACAGAGGAAGCUUCCACAACAUCUACUAAACCACCAAAGGUUGAAACCACUGGGCCUACAACUGAAUCCACAACUCCAGUUGUCACUGAGACAACCACAACACGUCAACCAUCAACAUCAACUGCUGGGCCAAGCACAGAAACAUCAGGUGCUGUUGUAAUAAUAACAUCUGAACCAACCACAGUUACCACAACGACAGUUAAGCCAACAACCACCUCAGUGUUUGAAACCACAACAGAAGGAGUAACAUCUACAAAGCCACCAAAGGUUGAGACUACCCUGCCAACAACUGCUUCCACAACACAAACUCCCAUAGAGACAUCAUCAACUAGGAGGCCCUCAACUUCCACUGAAAAACCUGUUCCAAGCACAGAGCCUUCAACCCCAUUUGUUAUUACAUCAAGGCCAACUACUGCCACCACUACAACAAAGGCACCCACAACCACAGUAGAAAGCCAAACAACAGAGGAAGCUUCCACAACAUCUACUAGACCACCAAAGGUUGAAACCACUGGGCCUACAACUGAAUCCACAACUCCAGUUGUCACUGAGACUACCACAACACGUCAACCAUCAACAUCAACUGCUGGGCCAAGCACAGAAACAUCAGGUGCUGUUGUAAUAAUAACAUCUGAACCAACCACAGUUACCACAACGACAGUUAAGCCAACAACCACCUCAGUGUUUGAAACGACAACAGAAGGAGUAACAUCUACAAAGCCACCAAAGGUUGAGACUACCCUGCCAACAACUGCUUCCACAACACAAACUCCCAUAGAGACAACUUCCACUGAAAAACCUGUUCCAAGCACAGAGCCUUCAACCCCAUUUGUUAUUACAUCAAGGCCAACUACUGCCACCACUACAACAAAGGCACCCACAACCACAGUAGAAAGCCAAACAACAGAGGAAGCUUCCACAACAUCUACUAGACCACCAAAGGUUGAAACCACUGGGCCUACAACUGAAUCCACAACUCCAGUUGUCAAUGAGACCACCACAACACGUCAGCCAUCAACAUCAACUGCUGGGCAAAGCACAGAAACAUCAGGUGCUGUUGUAAUAAUAACAUCUGAACCAACCACAGUGACCACAACGACAGUUAAGCCAACAUCCACCUCAGUGUUUGAAACCACAACGGAAGGAGUCACAUCUACAAAGCCACCAAAGGUUGAGACAACCCUGCCAACAACCUCCUCCACAACUGUUAAACCAACAACUACAGUGGUUUUACAAAGUACCACCGGAAGCAUAACUGAAGUAACACCUUUGAGGACAUCUCUUGAACCAGUUACAGCUACUUUACCCGUGAUAACACUGACAACUGAGGAGACACCUGUACCUAGCACAGAGCCUUCAACCCCAUUUGUUAUUACAUCAAGGCCAACUACUGCCACCACUACAACAAAGGCACCUACAACCACAGUAGAAAUCCAUACAACAGAGGAAGCUUCCACAUCUUCUAAACCACCAAGGGUUGAAACCACUGGGCCUACAUCUCCAUCUACUACUUCAGUUGUCACUGAGACCACCACAGUUACCACAACAACAGUAAAGCCAACCACCACCCCUAUUAUCGAAACCACAACAGAAGAAUUCACGUCUACAAAGCCACCAAAGGUUGAGACUACCACUGUUGUGCAAAGCACCACUGGACAAAUUACCACUACUGCAGAAUCUGCGAUUGCUCCAAUCACGCAAACACUGCCGGACCGUACUGGAACUUUGCCACCAUCGACAACAAUUGGUCCAUGCUAUUGCGUACUUAAUGGAAGCAGUUAUCCCUCAGGUUCCAGUAUUUACAAUACAACAGACGGAUUUGGAUGGUGCUAUUUAGCUUACUGCAAUGAGUCAUGUGUUGUGGUAAAGGAGGCAAAACCUUGUGGCUCUACUCCAUCCCCAACUACUGUGUCUUCCACCAAGGUUGUGACCACAACCACCCAAGCAAGCUCAACCACAACUGUUUACACCACAUGGUCCUCCACAACAACACAACCCACCACACAACCCACCACACAACCCACCACACAACCCACCACAACCACUCUUCCGCCAACCACCACCUCUAACCUCAAUUGUAAUUCGGUGGUCCCUCCUAGAAAGAAUGGUGAAACUUGGACUGUGAACAGCUGCCAGAAUGCAACAUGUAAUAAUGGCAAGGUUGUGUAUAUUCAUGUUGCGUGCAAGCCAGUCGAAAUACCAACUUGCGGAAGCGGCAGAAUUCCAGUGAAGGUCUUUGAUGAAAGUGGAUGCUGCUUCUCAUAUGUGUGCGAGUGCUCUUGUAAUGGAUGGGGAGGAUCUCACUACAUCACGUUCGAUGGCAAAAGCUACAACAAUGACAAUACACCAUGCUCAUAUGUUUUGGUUCAAGAAAUAACCCCUGAACACAAUUUCAAGGCCGAAAUAAAUUAUCAUGACUGUGCCAGUGAGGACAGUUCGUUCUGUCCAGAAACCCUGACCAUCUAUUACAAAACUUACGUGGUGGUCCUUACACAGACGCAAACUUCAAGUGGCGAAGUUGCCAAUGCGGUAAUAGUUGACCAAAAGCGUGUCUACCCUGCUUUCAAAAACGCGGAUUUCAUCAUCACGACCACCGGAGCGGAGAUAGCUGUGGAAAUCCCUCAAAUUCAGGCUCAGGUCAGCUACACUGGGUCCUCCUUUGGCAUCGACCUGCCCUUCUCCCUCUUCCAUAACAACACUGAGGGACAGUGCGGUUCUUGUGACAACUCGAAAGAGAACGACUGCCGUACACCUACCGGUCAGGUGAAGUCUUGCUCAAUAACCGGCCCAUCAUGGCUGAUUCCUAACGACCAGUGUAAGACACCCCCAACACCCACGCCAACCACCACCACGACACCUUCGAAAACCACCACCAAGGAAGUUCCUUGCACUCCCAAGAUCUGUGGAAUCAUAAACAGCCCUGUUUUCGAGGAGUGCCGGAAGGUGAUUCCCCCUGAGCCUUACAAGGAAGCUUGUGACGUUGACGUGUGCACAAACAAUCUACUUGCCUGCACCACUCUCCAUGCCUAUGCAUCUGCAUGUGGCAAAGCAGGUUUCUGUGUGGAUUGGCGGGGCGAAACCAAGGGAGACUGCCCAUCUUCAUGCCCGGCAACAAAGGUCUACAAGGCAUGCGGCCCUAUUGUCCAACCAACCUGCAACUCCAACUACAACGACAAAUACCUGACCCUCCAGAGUAACAGCUCGGGAAUAAAGGAGGGAUGCUUCUGUGAGGAAGGAACCAUACUGUUCAGCAGCUACAGCGACGUCUGUGUCACCUCUUGCGACUGCACUGGUCCAGAUGGCAACCCUAAAAAGGUGAACGAGACAUGGCAGGCUGGAUGUGAGGAAUGUACAUGUGAUGGAGACUCACUCACCGUCCAGUGUGAGCCAAUAAAAUGUCCUGCAGUAACCCCUGUCAUCUGUGAUAAACCUGGCUUCGAACUUGUCAAUAAAACCGAAGGCUGCUGUUAUACUCAAUCCUGCGAGCCCAAAGCAGUGUGUGUCUACGAUAACAAGGAGUACCAGGCCGGGGAAAGUGUUCCAUCCAAAAACUCCUGUGAGACAUGUGUCUGUAGCUCCACUAUCGACCCCACUACAGAGCUGCACUCCGUUCAGUGUACUCACGUUGACUGCGUCAAAACCUGCCCAGAGAACCAGGAGUAUGUACCUGUGCCUGACCAGUGCUGUGGCAGUUGUGUGCCUAAGAGCUGCAGAGUUACAUUCUCAAACACAACAUUCUACAUUCCGGUCAACGAAACGUGGUCACCGGCUGAUGACAACUGUGUGACAUACACCUGUGAAAAUCAAGCUGGAUCACUUGUGGCUGUGGAAUCCAAGAAGGUCUGCCCUGCUUUUGACCCCAACAACUGCAUCCCAGGAACCGAAGUGACAGAUGCAGAGGGCUGCUGUAAGAGCUGUACCCCGCGAAGCAGCUGCAAUGUGGAGACCAACACCACCAAACUCACCUACAAUGGAUGUGUGAGCAAGGAAGCCGUAGAGAUCUCCUACUGCGCUGGCUCCUGUGGAACAACGUCCAAGUACUCCGCCGAGGCAAAUGCCCUGGUGCACUCGUGCGCCUGUUGUCAGGAGGCCGCCACCCAGGAGAGGAAGGUGACCAUGAUCUGUUCUGACGGCUCCACAAUCACCCACUCGUACAUCUACAUCGAGAUGUGCGCCUGCCGCACUUCAGACUGUGGGGGCUCCUCCUCUUCACAACAGCGCAGGAGGAGAAGGAGAUGAACUGCCCUCUCUGAACUGUCCUCUUCUUGAGUAUUAAAGCCAUGACUGUAAUGUGCCAGUCGUCUUUGACAAUGAAAAUGUUUUAGAUGCUUACUAGAUGGUAAUAUAUUGUGUUUAUUUUGUUUUCCCCUUUUCUUUGUCUUAACCAGUUCAGUUGACUGGUAUUUGGCUUUUCUUUAUCAAUAAAAUAUUUGCAGCUCAAAAGAA